AGAGAGCUUACCAGUAACCCAUCUCUCCUUCUCCGUCUUCCUUUCUUCCUUUCACCAAAAAAAAAAAACCUUCUGUUAACUCACUCACUCACUCUCCGCCGUAGAUACAUACAUAGAGUGUUGUAUGAACAUAGGUUUUUACGCUACAAUGGCAAGUGCGCCGGAGAGGCCGCAACCACUCCACAAUUUCUUUUUAUCGCAGUUGAGGUGGGGCCACAACUCCACCGCCAACCACCGCUUCCGCCGCCGCGACUCCAACCGCCACCGUUCUGUCUCCGACGGAGGUUCCGACUCCGACCUCCCUCCUCCGGCCGGAUCACAGCCCCGCUUCUCGCCCGAAAAGGAACGCCCACCGACACCGCGCGAAGAGGAAUCCCAGCGGGCGGAGCGAAACGGCGGCGUGGUGAUCCCGGAGGAAGGAGAGACCAGGACGUGGAAUCUGAGGCCGAGGAAGGCGAGCGUAACGAGGAGCGGUGAAAUGGCGGAGGUUGAGAAGAGCCAUAGCCAUAGCCAUAUGCCCAAGUCCCAGCGGCUGAGAGGGAUUGUUGAAGGAGUGGCGCAAGGGCAAGGGCAAGGGCAAGGGCAUCAAUGGGUGGAGAAGAAGCGGAAGCUAUGGAUCUCCCUGUCCAAGGAGGAGAUUGAGGAAGACGUGUAUUCCUUGACUGGGUCGAGACCUGCUCGCCGGCCCAAGAAACGGCCCAGAAACGUGCAGAAGCUAGUCAAUAAUGUUCUCCCUGGAUUAUAUUUGGCAGGACUCUCAGUUGACUCCUAUCGAGCUCACGAAUCGCAGACUAUGUAGAUUCCCCAUGGAAAGUAAUGUAGCUGAAUUCUUGAUUAUCUUGCAAAGAUGAUAUCCCUGCCUACUCGGUGACCACGUAGACUCUGCUAAAUGGAAUGCAGGCAUUGCCUCCUUUUUUGUUGCUAAAAUUUUGCUUGCAGAUGUUUAUAUCCAUCCUUAAGAAAUUUAUGAAGAUAGGAGAGCUUUACAGUUUGCUCUAAUGGUGCCUCAUUUGGAGGUAUAAACAUAUAUACUUAGUUAGCCUCAAGGGAAAGGAAUGUUACCUUAUUAUCUUAAGUGCAUCAACAGUUGUUUCUCUUUAGUUCCUUUCUCAUCUCGGAGUGUCACUACAUUGGUAGUUUUUGUAGUUGGUGGAUGCUUAAGAUAUGGAAUAUGGAAUAGAAUUCGGCUACUUCAAUUGAAGCCAUGGUUUUAAUUUCAUGAAUUUGAUCACUCUUAACAGUUAACGCCCCCCCACCCCCCUCGCCCUCAAUGCAGGGCUGGGAGGGACUGUAUUGAGUUCACCGGAGGUCCUGUCUUAGCAGGAGGUGUCGUGACCUAAAAUUCUUUGUUCUUUGUUCUUCCCAUAUAUACCAACUCCCUGGAUAUGAUGCAACUCUGUGGUUCUGUGAAUUGGUAAGGCAAAUAUAAGCAGGGAAAUGCUUAAAUGCUUUGGCUUAGAACAACCACACUUCUCUGGGAUUGCCUCAUAGUUGGGUUGUUUGUUUGUUAUAUUUAUUCUGGAAACAGAUGCUUAUAUAAAAUCAAAAUUUUGUUCA